AUGGGCUACGCCGUGAAGGACCUUCGCGCCAUUCCCGCUCUGGCCAAGAACUUUCCACCGUCGUCGGCCCAGCCUUCCUCCAUCUUCCACUUUUCUGGCGUCACUCCCCAGAGUACGGAAACGACUCGCCGUGUCCUGACCGAGAAUGACCAGCGGUACGAUAUGUGGUACUCGCCUCCUAUACGCUUCGCCCAUAACCACUUUGUCCACUCUGCUCUUGCCCGCUAUUCCCUCGGGGCGAGCCCAGCCUUGCUCCAGCGUGACUGGGAAAGCGAGCGCGGGCAGCACGCGGCACUCGACCCCGCAGAGGAUGGACGUAUCGAGAAUGUGCCCGGGUUGCCGGACACGAUCACACGUGAGAACUGGGUGGAUUCUAGGUGGCUUGGUCACAAAGAUGCGUAUUCGCGCUACCUAGCAUUCUUCCACAACGAAGUUGCUCGCCUGGGCCCUGAGAAAGUUCUUGAGCAGUACAUUUUCUCGCAUGAGGCCAACUCUGGAAGCGGUACCCAGGGGCCGCGCAUGAUUAUUGCGCUCGCGGCAGGUCUGGUCCACCCGUUCAUCCACGUUGGCUACGGUCUCGAGUUCAACGACCCGGUCAUUCUCGCAGAGGGCCUCGCCCAAGCCUGUUGCUGUGCGCUUGAGAGCGCCGCUGCUCUGUACCCCGACGGUUGGCCGCACAAUGGUCUGCCUGCGCCUAGGGAGCCCUCCAAGCCUCUCAUCCAGCUCUACCGCGAAUUCACCGAGCGUGCUGACCUUGACCCGGGCCCGUACGACACGAACAUUCUCAUCAAUGCCCGCCUACGCAACUUCCUCACGCCCGAGCACGUUGCUGGUGUGCAGGGCCUUGUGGCGCGCUGGGACCUGAGCGACAUGUCGGACAAGGGAUGGAAGGCGCGCCACCAAGAACUUGCGUGGCUGACCACGCUGAUUACGGGUGCCACCACUCGGCCCGGCUACAACUGCCGUGUAGACUUCUUCUUGAUGCACCUCCUCACGUCGUCCUUGUUCAUACCGUGCUACAUGGCUGCCCUGCCAGAGCACCACCGGCGCACCACUCUCCAGACCUAUGCCCUCACCGUGUUCCAGGUCCUGGCGACUCGCGGCAAGCCCAAGCUUUACCUCGACUUUGCCAUGUCGGCCAGUGCGAAUCCCUCUGGCCCGCUCACGCGUGCCAAGAACGGCGAGGGCAACGCUAACCCCUGGCUCGAGAUUGUUGACAAUGCCCUCAUCGCGAACGAGUCGCACGUUCCCAAGUCGAUCCGUUCUCUCGUCUACUACUCCCAGCUGUACGGCAGUACCCCUGCCGGUGGCGUACCCGGCGCCCAUGACGAUGCUGGCAAGGAAGCCAUCCGCGGCCUGGGAUCCGUCGACGGGUCCCUCUUCGUGCGUGUCGCGGGUAAGAUCAUGACGGCCACCGGCUGGGAGAAGGACGGCGAGUCACACCGCGGUUGGGAUCGCAGUGCGCUUGGGUGGGAUGGCGCCUGGGCCAAUGAGCGGUACGACGAGGCCAAGCUGUAG